AUGAAAAUAGUUGCUGCAAAUAAAAGCAGUUGCUGCAAAUUAAGUGACAGGAAAGUAUGCGCACGCAUUGAUGGGAAGAGAAGGACUCAGUAUAGUUGUAAGGAAGUUAAAGGCAGACCUGCAAGGACUCCCAAUGUGGUUUUUGUGGUUGCGUUGAAUUAUCAGCUACCUUCAAGUUACAUUUUUGCACUCAAGCAUGUCUUUUGUAGGAUAUGAUCGGAGGUCUUAAACUGUUUUCAGCACUGCAGAGGCUGAUUUCUUAUUAGGCCUGUAGACUGCAGUUUGCCAUCAACGUCUUUUUAAGGUCUUGUACCAUUGGGUUAUAUGUUGUAAUGAAAGGCAAUAGUCUCUCUUUAUUUUUUUUGUUUUUGUUUUAGCCCUUAUCAGUGCCUCGAGUCAAGGUUGACCCCUGACAAUGACCUUUCUAUAUCUGGUUUAGGAUUUUGUGUGCUUCGAGUUUGCAAGGCACUGAUCUUCAAAUGUCUUUUUUGAGGAGUUUUUUCUAAUCAAUCUUAUUAAUUUUCUUCACCUUUAAUGAAACUUCUUUUUACCCUCGUAGGUGGAACUAGGUAAAGUGUACAUGUUGAAAGGUUUUAGUCGGCUUAUAGUGGGAUUUAAUGUCCAAUGAAGAUGGAUUUCUCUGUGAGAUGUUCUCCUUUGAAAACUGUUGUAUCAAGGAAAGUUAUUUCGUUAUUUCAUAUUUCGGCCGUGGACUUCAUUUUUGGGAUGGGAUUUGUUAGUUUCUGUAAGAAAAAGUUGGGUCUUUUCUGUUACAGUCCCAAAGAAAGGAAACGUCAUCAAUGAAACAUUUUCAUUGGUAUUUCUAUGUUGGAUUAGGUUUGUUCCAGUCUCUGCCUUGCAGAUAUUUGCAAAGGACACUGCUGUUUUUAUGCCUAAUGCAACUCCAUGGGUUUGACGAUAAUUGUUUCCAUUGAACUCAAAUAAGAUUCCUGUCACUGAGGAUUAGGCCAAGCAUUUUGUGAGUGGGCCCUGGAUACAACUAUACUGAGUCCUCCUCUUCCCAUCAGUGCGUGCACAUAAUUUCCUGUCACUUAAUUUGCAGCAACUGCUUUUAUUUGCAGCAGAUAUUUUUUUUGUUCGCUGCAAUUAUUUUUUAUUUGCAUCAACUACUUUUUAUUUGCAGCAACUUUAUUUGUUUUGCAGCAACUUUUUAUUCGCAGCAUGUCCCUUGUGGGCCACCGUAUUAAGUAGAGGUAAAAGAAAAUCAUUUUGUGGUAAACUGCAUUUGUGAUCAAAUCCUGUCAGAAAACAUCUGUAGAAACAUAAACCAUAGGAACUAAUUGCUCAAUAUGCAUGGAACAGACCAGCAACCUCAACCUCUAAAUGUGACACUCAAAGUGGUAAAAUAAAAUUUGCUCAGUGUAGAAUACUCCAUGCACUGCAUAAACUACACAAAAAGAGAGCAAGAAAAACCACUGUUCUUCAAGCUGACUCUUCGGUCACGUUAAUUGCACUAUCAAAAGCUCAAUCUCCCUUCUCACAAGCUAUAUAUCAUAUAAAUUAGUUGUGUUUGGCCUGUCAAUGCUUAAUUCAAAUCAGGCUAAUCACAUUAAACUGUGUAACAAACGAGCCAAUCAAAAAUGCUCACAUAUGUCCUUGCGAUUGAGGGAUUCAAACAUGAUAUUGUGAAGCAAGUUAAACCUAAGAAGAUCAUCAUUGCAUUGAAGUUACAUGUAAGCUUAAAUUAUGAUGAACAAUUUAACAAAGGGAGGUAACUAUCAGUGGUAAAAAGGGGGGUACCUAUGAGUUAUUUUUUAAGUACAUAUUCAUAAGUCUCGCUUGCUCAAGAAAUGAGGAGGCAAUUACAUCUACAUGAAGCAGGAUUUUCUUGUGACAAGUUUUUGACUUCCUACUUUAUCGACAGUCAAGUAUUCUUCAAGAUAUUUUAUUUUAUAUAUUGUAUUUGACAAUUUGUUUCUGAAUUGAUUGAAUACAUGUGCAUAAAUACACGAAAAUUAAGGGCCUAGAUUCGAGUAUGAGAGAAAUUACACCAUUGCCAGAGAGCAAAAAAAGUGAUGAACAUGGCAUGUCAUUUCGGUCAUCGCUAAAAAUGAAACAAUGAAAGUUUACAACACCCGACCAGUUAGCCUCACCAUCUGCCCCAUUGAUCGAAGUUUUGCUCAUUAAGAUUCUUCUUUUACUCGACCACUUGUUCCAAAGUAAUAACCACUUUUAAGCAAUAGAAUUCGUGGACCAACCUAUUCCGGAAAAGCUCUAAAUCUUUUGCAUUAACUUUUCCUGAGCUUUCUUCACAAAACAUUCGUGGCGAGCUCCUGAGUCAUGCCACAAUUUGUUAUAUCCCAAGUUUCCAUGGUCACCGCUAUGUUCAACCCUGCGGGGACCAUGUCUUCUCUUAUGUGGACUAAAUACAAGGAACAAAACAUGGCUUACAGAUUCUGAAUCUGCAAUUGAGACUAACAAGAAAUUUGGUCAUCAGUUUUGUUAGGGUUAUAUGACAUAAUACAAUUAUUAUGAAUAACUUUAAAAAGUUUAAAAUUUAUUUUUGUGAUUUUAAAUCAACAAUCUAUCUCCUUCAUAUGUAAAAACUAAGAACCUAAUUGAGAAACUACAUAGCCUAAAUUGCCAUUAGGUACCCCAAAAUACAAGAACCUAUUUUGCCAGACUUCAAAAAAGUAGGCUCUUAUUUGCUGGUGUUACUGUACCUCAUUUACCAGUUUUAUGUAAAUGAUUGGCCACCAUGGUAGCUUUAUGCACCACAACAAUAGGUUCAUGAGGAAUUGAAGUGAGUGAGUUCACUUGAUUCAUGUAAGAACUUUUAAUGAAUAAACCAGUGCUGUGUUUACAUUUGAUCAUUACCAGUUCACUGAGGUUAUUUUAAAAUGCCUUUCAUGUUUAGUGUCAGCAGAAAAUACAUGUACAUUUAACAAUAUUAAAACUGUUCAAAAAGUUUAAAGAAAAACUUGCAGUGACUCCAGGAGGUAUUACAUGUAUACCUGCAUAGGUUCAUGAGAAAAUUGAAACUGUUACCCUCCACACCAGGAUGCAGUUUAUACUUCCCCCCAUGAAUAAUGCUGGUCAUCCAGCUCAUUGCUUUAUAUUUCACAAUAUAAUUGUGGUAUUCACUGUGUUAUGGUCAUGUUCUAUUAGCCUUCUUUUAACUUGUUCUUAACUGUUUACUGGUUCUUUCAUAAAUGCUCUCAUAGUACACUGGGCAAAACUGUUCUGGAUUGAUACAUUAUACAAAAAUAUAACAAGCCAAGGAACCUCAGUUAUAUUUUUCUCUUUUGAAGUUUAUCAAAUUCCACACAUAGGAAAAUUUGAUUGUGCAAGGGAUGCAAAAAUCACAUUGUUUCUAAGAAAAAAAAAAAACGAAUAAAAAAAUGACGGGUUGUUGUGUUAAGAAUAUCGUGACGUUUUUGUGGAUGUUUCAAUUAAAGCAUAUUUCAACGGGAAAGCACAAGGGAAACUUAAGGACAGUCUACAACUUAUUUGACCACUCAAAUAUAGCCCUUUCUUCAGACUUGCGUCAUCUUAAAACUCUUCUUGCCACUAGGUCGGUCUUCCGUCUGUUUUGAAGAUGGCAGCCUGUUGCUGACGCUCUGUUCCAUGCUAGCAGCCACGAAAUGCUGCUGUGUUAAAGCAUAGUCGGCCAAGAACUUCUGACACUGCUAUGUGGGCCUCUCUAAUAGUUGCUGGACUAUAUUUCUUGGCUUUUCUCUCAGGGGCUUGCCAUUAUUAGUCUCACGUUGUGUUGCACAACAGCUUGAUUCAAACAACUCUGUGGAUUUGCCUCGUGGCCCUUCAGUGGUAGCAUGUACAUGUAUAUAUGUAUCGCAGCUUGAAUCUUUUUUGACUCUCUUAACUGCUGAUUUAUCAAAGGAUAAUUAUGCUGCUGCACGUAAAUGACUCAAUCCAAGUUAUCUUUGCGGCAAGAUUUAUUUGGAGACAACAUUCUAACAUGACAACACUUCUUUUUCAUCGAAAAACAUGUGAUUUGUUUUUCUUAAAAAUUACAUGAUUUUGUGUACCUUGGUGAUUUUGUUACCAAGGUUUGAUAUGCCGUAAUGCAAUUCCUUCUUGUGUGAUCAACAUGAAAAUAUUAUUCCAUUACAUGUGGAAUGUAAUAUUGUUUUAAAGGACAAAAAUAUCAUUAAGGGUCCUUAUAAUGGCUUGUUUUAUGGAUGUUUUCUGGAACUACACAUUACAGUUUACUCAAUCACAGUCAACUGUAAGUUGUGAGUCAGGCAACAAGUAACCCUUGUGUUUAAGAUGUUUUGUGGUAGAAGUAGUUUUUAAACUUUCUUUGCAAUAUUAUUAUUUCAACUCAGUUGCUUUAAAUGUCAGAGAGUAGGUUAAGUUUCUUAUGAUUUCUUGGAAUCGAACCCAUUACAGUUGCACCUCUCUAAUACAGACACCGAAGGGACAGAGCGGGGGAGUCAAGUGUCCGAAUUAGAGAGGUGUCCAUACAAAAGAGGUCACUACGAUGACAUCACUUAAAUUGUGACUCCACUUACAGUUUUAAGUGUUCACUAGCUAAAACCAGGCUUACACUUGUCUUGAAACUGCAUUGAAGCUCAUUGAAGUUUAUUAAUUCACAGUACUAAGACACUGUCUUUCAGUAGCAUACAAAAAUAAUUGUACAUAUCAGCUACAUACGUACAGUCGUAGACAUAUCACUGUUUUAAGAUCAAAAGAGCUACAGCACAAUGCUGGAUGUAAAAAGUUGUAACGUAAAGCACAAUUCUGAAAGCGCCUUUCGCUAUUUUGCAAGUAGUAAACAGUAACUAGAGUACAAAAUGUAAUGGAAAAGAUCUUCAUGGUAUCUGUAGUUAUUGAAGCCUUCAAAAAGUUGUUUGGUAUACAGCGACUGGGCUUUUGAAGUCACCUUGCAUAGCUCAUCAGCCAGACUAGAUGGGAUUUACCCGUGCAAAUUCACCUGAUCGAGAUUCGGAAUUCACCUGAUUACUAGAGCGUCCGUAAUAAAGAGGUUAGGUUUAUAUUGAAUAUACUCUCUGGGGCCAAAAUUUAGUGUCCGUUGUCUGUAUUAGAGAGAGUCCAUAUUAUAGAAGUAUAUUUUUAAGGUCAAUAUAGGAGAAUUUUGUCAGGACAUUGGAAACUGUCCGUAACAUAGGAGAGGUGUCCGUGCCGAGAGGUACGACUGUAGUUUAGUAGGAGAAAGAGAAAUCCAUUUGUGGUGUGUUUAUAUCCUCCAUAAAAAGUCCACUAACAGAGGGAAUUUUAUGUGGCUUUUAUGCAGUGAUGUCAAAAAAGUGUGUCUUCUUGUUUGGCCUAGGAGAAGUAUAAAAUUAAUGUAUUUUGCUUUUUUGAUGUCUUUAUUGCUGUUGCAGUUGUUGUUGCUACAGCUCUCUAUUUUGAUCUGAAGGGGCACAGUGUCAUGACAUAUGGAAAAACCCACAUACAUAAAUUUGUAUAUAGUGAAACUACCGGUUAUUACGAAAAUGUUGCUGUGUUGUUAAGCGGUACUUUUUACGCCUACAGUGUAAGUGCAAAUAAAAAUGAAACUUUCAUCAUUAAUGAAGACAUGAAAAAUCAUGAAUAUUUUGUUAUUUGAAAACUCAGUGAGGCUAAUAUUAUUAUUUUCAGCUUGAAUUAUUCUUGCAUCUUGAACAGAUUGCCACCCUUUUCUGAAUUUUCUGGAUCCACCUCUGGCAGAUGCUGGUAAGAUGAGUUCAUGAGAGAUUUCUCCAUUUUCCAUAACUAAUUAUUUAGAGACCAAAAACCAAUUCCAGCAUACAGCAAAUAAUACAAAAUGUACAUGUAUGUAAUGCAUGCCAUUAUCAAAAUGGAAUAAAUUAUGCAAAAGAUUCCAUUUAAACCCCACUAACCCAGUAGCCCAGAGAAGACAGUAAAAAUAACUCAGGUUUGUGGAGAUGGACCAGAUGGAGAGAUCUAGGUUGGGAGGUACAUGGGAAAGAACUAAUAAUUUCUGUUGUCAGGGACUUGACUGACAGCCUUCUUUGUGUAUUUUCCCACAGUAAUAACAGUUGCUUAUGCUUGUCAGUAGAUCGAUGACAAGUGAUGAUGGUGUUUUCAUCCUUUUUCUAAUCACUUUUAUUGCUCCUGCUCUUCAUUGAAUGACCUUUCCAUGUUGUUUUUUCAAAUCUAAAUCUGCCAAAGGCUGGUCCACAGGAUGUAAGAUUUUUCGAUUGUUUUUCUUCCUGUGGUGCUGAUACUUUGUAAGCUUUCCUUUGGUUUCUGAGGUUAAAAUUGAAAUAGCAGUUACAAAAACAAACUGCAUGUAUACUGCUAGUUCAAAUGUAGUUCAAGAAACUUCCUCUUCUUGGCUUGCUAUUAUCUCUUUCUAAGCCACUGUAUGACUUUGUCAUUUCUCUUUUUUCAAAAUUUGGGUGUGAUUGUAGGUCAUGUGUAUACUGAAAAGCCCUACUUCAUUAUUACAGUACCAGUAUGAAAAUCAACUCUUUUAGUCAUUGGGGUCUGAGAUAUUAUUUUUUGAGGUCCCCAAAGUCUGUCAGCAGCCCAUGUUAUUUUUGCUAUAUCAUUUAUGGGUACUUUAAUUUUGGUUUCGGUUUAUAUUUAAACAUUCUCACAGUUCCCUUGCCCUGUUUGUUCGAUGAAGUUAAGCUCUGUCAGGCGGGGUUAGUACUGGGAUAGGCGAGACCUUUUGGGAUAUAACAUGUAAUAUACUUUGACUUUAAGUCUAUUUUUCAGAAGAAAGCAGUUUCAUUGUUUAAACAUGCUUAUAGAGCAUGUUGUUUCAUGUAAACGUUUUAGAGUGAGAAGAAAUUGCAAAGGACAGAGUUGUCACUAAGAUUUCAAGUUGCCGGGUAAAUACAGCAAGUAGGCGGGCAAAGAAACAGCUAGGGCUUUCUUUUGGUUCUAUUUUUCUUCUAUUUUCCUUUGAAAGUAGCCGGGGGCCUCGUUCAUAGUAGCCGGAGGAAAUCCUCCGCCCCCGCCCCUUAGUGACAGACCUGUAAAGGACUUUCUUUGAUCAUAUUAGUGCAUUUAUUGUAAGUAGCUAGGCGGGAAGUGGUGAACUCGAGCUGACAGAUAGUUUUCAUAUCAUCUGGCUUGUUUAUAGCCUGCAGUGCAGACAGCCCACGUAAUGUGUAGAGUAUAGAUAUAGUUGGUUUAAAGAAGGUUUAAAGUCAGCGGCACCCAACGACGGUUUCCUCCUACAUACAUUGAAAACACUUUUUAGGCUAUCCAUGUAGAGUACUUUUACAUCUCUAGAAAUGCAUUCUUAGCGGUGCUAUAAAAUUUUUAUCUGUUCGGUCACCCUAGGGCAACUUGAGUCUGUUGGAAAUUAUUAGCGCUCCAGUAUUUCUUUACCGAAAAUUUUAGACGCAAUUUAACGUUUUACGAAAGUGAGAAUUUUUCUUAUUCCUCUCUACAUCGCAUUUUUGAGUCCGAAAAUUUUAGGUUUCCUUUUUACUACAAAAAGUAGCCUAACCUGAGGAGUAAAAUGUGAAAACUUCAGAAAAUCGUAGCGGAUUUAUUCGAAAAGCUUCGAAAACUGUACAUGAAUGGAACGGUCAUCCAGACAUUUUUAGCCGUCCUCAAGUAAUCGAAUAUUCUAGGCAAUAUUUGCUUCUCCGAACAGAUAUUUUACAGAAAAUUAACAGUCGUUGAAUGCCCCUGUAAACUGUCUGCGGCGCAGGCUAGUUUGUUUAUAGUACAGUGUUGUUGUAAAGUGCAAUGAAGUCAGCCAGAGCCCUGCACCCAAUAACAAUCAGCCAAUUACAAGUCAUGUUCACAAGGACAGUUAGUUGCCUAUCAAAAACAAGAUAUCUCUUCAAAUCUCGAAGUGCCACCGCCCAAGUGUGUUCACUGCACUAAUAUUAAUUAAACUUAAGAAAAUUUUGUAGGUUUUAAUAAAUUGUAUAUUACACUUGAAAAAAGAAUCAAAAUUUUGUUGAGCCAUUACCCCAUGCAGUAUAUAUAUGCUAACAACCUCAUCCAUGUUGGUUUAAUUGAGCAAACAGUGUAAUUGAUCAUCCUCUUUUUGGGACACCUCCAUUCAGGGGACACAAAAUUUGGUCCCGGAAAAUGUGCACAUAAUCUUUGUAUUUAUUACCUCAAUUAAAGGGACGAGUGACCCUAUUCAGAGGAAAGGGACACUUUUUCUGGGUCCGGAAACCUGGGUUUAUUUUAACCUCCAUUAUUUCAGGAGACACCUCAGCACUCAAAAAGUGACUGACCACAAAGAGGGCUGAUAUCUUUAAAGUGCACACUAAUCAAAAAUGGAAGCUUUUCCAGACUGAACUGUCUCACAUGAAUCAAUGAAAUGCACCUGUGUGAAUUCAAGAUGUAUCAACAACUUUAUUCAGUAUUACCAUUUCUGUACAGGUGUUACCGAUUAAAACAAAUUAAAUUAAAAAAUAAGAUAAAAUAAAAUAAUAGGGAGUUUAAGAUACCAUGACGGUGAUGGCCACAAAAACGUCGCUUAAAAAGUGAAUUUCCAUUCUUUCAGUCUCUAUCGCGAUUACUCCAACCAUUUACUUUGUCAAAUGUGAGCGAAGUCUUUUUCAGCCAAAUUCCUAAGAAUCAUAUUCAAGUUCAGGAACGGGGGCGUAGCUAGGAUUUUUCGGGGGGGGGAUAGGUUAAUUACGUUCCACAUAGCAUGAAUUGCUCUAUUUUAGUUAUGAAAAGGAAUGUGGUCCACUGCAAAUGGAGUAAGUAACAAUCUAGCACUGGAAAAGAUUUAUUGCAUGUUUAUUCUUCAGAUUCGCGCGUUUUGGCCACCUGAAUUAUAGGGACAUAAAACAAUUAUCUCACAAAGAGGGGGGUCUCGAGCACCCCAGGACCACUCCCUAGCUACAUGUAUGCCCCUGAGGAAGAGAAAGAUAAUGUAGCCGUCGCUUGUUUACGUCCUCCAUAAAUCGUGAAAAUUGGCAUUUUCUUGUCCUGGUCUUGCAGUGAUGGCUAAAAAAAUGUACAAAAAAGUUUGAUGUACGUGCAGAGUUGUUGUUUUGCCUAUUCAUUUCAACCUAUUGCCGUUAUGGCAUCUUAGAGUCCCAGAAUGACAAUUUCUUUAUGCUGUCUUUGUUGCUUACUUAUUAACAAACUCCAGCCCAACCUCUAAUCAGGGGGAACCUCUAUUCAAGGGACACUUGCUUUGGUCCUGAGGGUGUCCCCUGAACAGAGAUUUGAUUAUAUUGUAUUUGGUUUAUUUAUUGCUUCAAGUUUAUUUUUUCUUUGUUUUCACAGCUCACUUAAUAACUUUCUGUGCUUUGCACCGUGAGCCCGUUGACUUUCUUGAUCGGCAUUAUUAUGAAUAUCUUUGUUAAGACUUUUUUAUGCUUCAUUUCUUGUACAAUGUACGAGUUAAAAUUCACACCAAAUAGUAUUGCAUGAAACCUGAAAUGAUGCGACAAUGGCCGCUAUUGUCAAGUGAAAUUUACCCUACAUUAUAAAGUUAUUCUUCAGGUAUUAUUUAAGUCAGUCCGAUAAUGAGUUUUUUGUGUGUCUUGCAUAAAAAUAGUUAUCAUCUUAAUAUUUUUUUCUUACCACUUAUUACCCUUCUUUGUUCAAAUUAUAAUCUUUCAUCUAAUGUCGGGGAGAGAAGAUGUUGCCUGGCUUGCUCAUGGUAGGGAAUUAAGGGAGAUGUGGUGUUGCCCUCUUGCUCAAGGUCUGGGGACAAGCCAGGGACCACAUGGUCUAGUGUAUACUGGGCAACCUCAUAGGGAUUGGCUGGGAAAAUGAACAAAAAAAGUAACCAUGGAACCUAGCCCGAAACAAAAGAGCUUCGACAUAUAGGAAUCCAAACAAAUUAGAGGUUCUAAAGAGCUGCAAGGCUAUGGUUUUGACAAAUGAUUUUGAGCAAACGGGAUUUCGGAGGGAGUAAAGCUACGACCGGAAAUACGUGUGCGUUUCGCAGGCUAUGGUUAAAUGGGGUGUGAAUAUGGUAGUUUUCAGUUUUAUUUUAUGGUACCGGAAAUGCUUGCUAAUAACAAGGUCCCUUUUUUUGAAGUAGGUUCUUGUUCUUGGGGUACUUAUUGGCAAUUUAGGCUAGGUAGGUUCUUAAUUAGGUUCUUACAAGUAAUUUUUAUGAAGGACGUGACAGAUUGUUGAUAAUGAAAAAAUUUUUGUUUAUUCACAAUUAUGAUAACCUUAACAAAACUUAUUACCCAAUAUCAUGCAUUUUAGUACAGUAUGUUUCUGUUGCACUUAAAUUUACAACUCAAGGUUACUCUCCUUUGUUAAAUUGUUUAUCAUAAUUUAACUGUAAAAAUUAACCACAUAUAAGAACCUGCUUGAUUUAGCUUGCCUAAACAGGUUCCUGUAUUCUUAGGUAUUAAAGUGCAGAUUUCUGCCAGGAGGUUCUUAACCACAGGUUCUUAUUAGCGGAUGUUUACUGUAACUGCCUCUAUAGUCAAACCAGUCAAACCUGUAUUAAGCGGACCUCUAUAAGCGGUCACCAAUUAAAGUCCUGGAAAUAGCUUCCCCUAAUUAUUGUAAAAACCGAUCUGUAUUUAGCAGUUACCUCUAUUAAGCAGCCGUGGUCACCUGUUUCCGAGGUCCCAAUGAGUAAUUUGUUAUUGUCUUUACGUCUAUUAAACUGUCCCUUUGACAAGAUGUGCCAUACUAGUGCAAAAGUAUACACUGUGUGGGGUGUUUAGUGGUCUUGUACAGACUUGUCAACCCCCAAAAAGGAUAAAAAUGUGAGAUUCUGAACCUAGAGCUGGGAAAAGUAAUGCAGAGAAGUGGGUAUAAAGUAGCGGGCCGUAAAUUAUGGGGCAAAACAAGGAUCGUGGUUAAUUUUAAUAGCGGAGCUCCUCGCGCGCGCGAAGCGCGCGCAGAGCGGAGCACCAUGGGUAAGAAAAUUUGGUAAACUAUCCAUCUGAGAAAAUUUGGUUAUGACGUAGCGUACAGUAGCGUAGCCGCAAUUUUAAAAUGUUGAUUUCGAACUGACCUCGGACGCGAAAAUUCAACCGGCUUUUACAUUUACAUGCGGGGAAGACAAUCAUUUUUCACUUUUCUCACUGUCACGCGUUGAUCACGCUCUACGUCCAAUUUUUAUGUUCUGAUUGGUCAAAAUUUGACAGGUGAGUUCAUGCGGAAAAUUUAUGCAGCGUCUGGAAACUUGCUCACUGACAGCUGGAGCUUACAGAGUUUUGUGUCAUCUUGUGAUGUUUUAAACUGGCUUUUUCUACUUGGUGUACAAAACGAAAUACAGCUGCUAUCAAGAUUGUUCUGUAAUUCAUGGCUGGUUUGUUUAUUGCGCUUUUUGUUGACAAAUGCACCGCUUGUCAAAGUCAUUGGAAAUCCGAUUUCAGAUGGCAUCGUUUUCAAAAAUGAGCUUACUCACUUGCCCUUGCUGGAGGCGUAAGAGGGUUGAAAAUUCUGGAACACUUGAUGACCUUCAGAAGCAGCAUUUCGACUGGUAAGCCUGAGAAAUUGUUGUCUUUUAUUUGUUUUUUUUUCGGUUUCCUGAAGUCGAGCGUAUGGUUUAUGCGGCUUAAGUUUAUACACGAGCAAUGAUCUAACCUACAAUAGUAUCAGGUUUAAAAAGCCUUUAGAAAUGUUUUGACCGCAAAUUCAAAGAAAAUUAUUUACUUAUGAUUUUGGCUGUAAACAGAAAGCUCUGAGCGAUUUUCUUGCCUCGAGUUCAUCUUGAAAAAGAGCAAACACCGGGAAGCCGGCUUAAAACAUAAAUAAACUUAUGCUUACCUGACUCAUGAUUUUCAAAGACACUUUACUCUCAAUACUUCUCUUCGUGAAUGAAAAUUAUUGUCUCUGUACAUGUUUCACCGAAUUAUAUUUAUUUUAUUGAUUGUUUAUAGUCCCUCUCGCAAUUUUUAUCGCUGCACCGGUUGUAUCCAGUCGAACAUAAACAUCUCAUGCAGGAAUACUCAAAACGCCGCGCGUAAAUAUCACUCGCUUUUAGAGAUUACACAUACCAAAACCAUACACAGUUUAAUAAAUAAAGGGAAAUAAAACCUAAACAUAACAAUUUAUCUAUCAUGUUGAAGCGUAAAUGGUAACUCUCAAUCGCACUGCAAAUUUGGUGCCUGUCAAAAGUGAGCCCCGUCCGGCUGGCCGAAAAGUGAUUUUGGGAAUUUGUUUAUCGUUUUCAUUAAAAGCCCAUAUUACCCUGCAUAUCACAUAGGACCAGAUUUUUCUAACUGAAAGUCCUAGCAUUAUAGAAUUCUCUUCAUGAAAACGUUUUAUAAUUCAAUGCUAUAAUUUCUUGUGCAAAGGAAGGGCGUACUUUGAUCGUCGUGGAUAUUGAAUGAGUGCAAAUUCUCUUGCAAAAUUGUGAAAAACUGCAAAAUUAUAGGUUUAAAUAGGGCAAAAAAGAACAAAUUCUGUCCGAGGUCUGUAUGAUAAAAACAAGGGCCUCAUAGUACUGUUUACCUGAGACGUGAUGAGAAAAAGUAUGUUUAAAAGGCUGGUUUACACACCACCAGAUUCGUCGCCAAGAUUUACUAGUAAACUAAACUUGUCGAACACAAAAAAUCCGGCCUGUUUUUUUAUUUUGGCCUCUCUUUUAGACAGAGGAAUGCAACGUGUAAAUUGGCUGCCACCAAGGACUAUCAUGGCGCGUGUGUUUCUUAAAAUUAUAUUUCGGGGUUGUCCAAUUAUCCAUAGUCUCUCAAACGGAGCAAUGUUGGAGAGAGUGGUGAAUGCCACAUUAUGAUGCAACAGCUAAUGCAAAUACAAUACACGAAUAGGUAGGUCUAUUUGUUUUCCAGGCCUAAUCUACUGUGAUCGAACAUGAUUGCUAUUUUUGGGUGUACAAGUAAGACUAUUUAAUGACUCGAUGUAAAAGCUGUUUCACUCUUGGAGUGUCAAAUUAUUUUUCUCUAAAAUCACUUAGCCUUUGCCUCAAACGUCAAAUGAAUGUGCCCUGAUCUGUGGAUUACAAGUUUAUUGUUUGAUUUAAAUUAUGAAUUUAUUAACGGGAGCUUCGCUUUUAGCCCUGGCUAAAUCUAUAUAUUACUGAAAUAUUACAACUAAACCGCAUUUUGGUACCUUAUGGGUCAAAAAAGAUGAUGAGGGAAAGGAUAGAUCUUUUUGUUUUUUCUUUGGUCCGUACAUUAAAUUGAUCACCGAAAAUUUACCAAUCUAGAAAAAGAAAUAUAAGUUAUGGUGAAAAAAAAGAACGAAAAUAUAGAUAUGAGCGGUCUUGACAAAUGAUUUUGAGCAGAACAUAUUGAACUCAUUUUGCUGUAACUGAGGGCAUAACUGUUUAUCCUGGAGCAAGUGAGACCCCAGUGAAAUGGACUGUGAAUAGUUGUGUUUAGUUGUUAUUUUACAGAAACUACUGCCACUAUAGCCAAUGUAAGUUAAAUUAUAUCAUUAUAUUUCCUUUCCGUUUCAGUUUUACAUUAUAUCUGAAACUACAAUAAAGGUCACCAAGGAUACAGUUACGAUUAGUGAACUACUGGGAAUGGAAUCGAGGGCUCCUCAAAAAGGACAAACUGUUCAACUAAAAGGUGCUGAUCCAAAUGAGCUUCAGCUUUUUAUUGACAAGAUGCCCGCCACUAUUAAAGGUAAGAGUGUGAAAUAUGGGUUUUGAUAAAAAGAGGAAUAAGAUUAAACUGACUGUAUGUACGUAAGUUUAGAAACAGGUAGCUCAAGCUUAUGACGAGAGUAGUUAGUUUGGUUUUUUGAAUUGAGAAGCAUAUGGUUAAACCUGUACAUUUGUAACAAUAGCUGGGCUUAAAUAUUCAAAAUUGAAUUGAUGAGUGAAAUAUCCAGACUUAAUUUCCUAAACAUUAACGCUUAUAAAUUUGGUGAAUUCGCAAGAGGGGUAGACUACUAGAACACAAUUUAUCUACUAGAAAGCAGCAACGUUUGUAGGACACGAUGUCUGGCUGGCCCCAAUUCUAGUGAUUAGGAGUCAACAAAUCAGAUCAUAUUCCAGACUAAAUGAAAACUUAGAGUAAAAUAUUAGUCUGAAAUUCAGAUAUCAACUGAAGCGAGUUUUUCUGCCGUUAAAAUUUCUCCUGUGACCCUGACUCGUUCCCAGUCUUCUCUUAUCAUUUGUAAGCGGUCUAGGGUUUGAGAGAAAUGUUCUGCUUCAACUCAGGAUAGGAUAUAGAUUUACAAGUCGUUUUUUCAAUGAGUGUUAAAAGGACAUAAUUCUCUGUUUUUAGACGCCCCUUAUGUGCCUUGCAGUAAAGAAUCCAACACGUUUUUCUUAGACACUUUUCAGUGGUGAAUCUUAUUAGAGGUUGAAGUAUAUAAAUGGUAUAUUUAGGGUAAAAAAUCGCAAUUGACUAUUUGACUUGUGAGAAAGCUUAUAUGUUUUACGAGACUUCGUUUUUUAAGUAGUUAAAGAAUUUAGUUGUUUUAUUUUACAUUGUCACAUAUCCCUUUAGUUUUUACAAUUUGAGUUCAAAACUUGUUACAUUUCGCGUUAGAAAGUUAUUGCAUUUUAUGUUAAAGUUGUUACAUUACGAUUUAAUUUUACAUAUUGCUUCACUUGUUGUUACAUUUCUCGUUAAGGUUACAUUUUGCGCCAUAAACUUCGUCUCUUCCCCUCCCCACCCCCCCUCCCCCGCCGACUAUAACGACCAGUCCAACAUUGUUUUUUUUUUGUUUACUUUAGGCCUAGCCGGGCUAAACGUCGAGCUUUUCAUGUGACGAACCAAACUUAGUGAGUUAAGUUGUCAUGAAAAGUUCGAUGUCUGGCUCAGUUAAGUUCGUUUGAAUGAGUUUGGAUCGCCCAACACGUUCUAUCCGUCUGCUUUAAAUUUGUAUAGUCCCUAAAUAUCUUAAAAACUUCCGCGUAAUUUUAAUUUCGGACUGGAUCGUGUAGAAACGUUUUUAUAUGAAAUCCACAGAUGUAUCUAUAUGCCUAGUAACCUUUAUUAAGAUACAUUUGAAUGGGCGAAAAAAUGAGAACUCGUUCAAAGAAGGGGCUAUAUUCUUGGACACACGCUUCAAUAUUUUGUGUAAGAAACUUUACAAACAAGCAACAUUAAGUGACAAUCGUGGCGAAACGGAAUUCGAUCUGAUUUUCAUCUUCUUCAACAGUAUCUGGUUUAUGCUCAUGUGUCGCUCAGUCUCGAGAGAGGAAUGCAGUCCACAUGAAAUUUUCUGUGAAGUCAAAAUUUCUUUUUUAGAUGACACUUAAUAUGUUUGCCCAUGUUACAAUGGUGAUUUUGAUUGCCUUGUUUUGUUUUCGAUCAUAAAUUAUCUUUUCAGAAAAAAUGCAAGACCUACGCGAAGCAAACUCCCCAGGCCGAACCUCAGAAUUAGAAAGACAGUUGAGGGAUUUUCAGCAACGUGAAGAAAACUUCCAGAGACAGUUACGGGAGAUGCAGGAACGCGAACAGAAUUUACAAAGGCAGCUUAGAGUGGUUCAAGAACGGGAUCAGUACUCUCAAAGGCAGCUAACGGAGUUUCGUCGACGUGAACAAAAUAUGCAGCGACUGUUAAGUGAGCUUCAGGAACGAGAACAAAAUUCUCAAAGGCAGUUGACGGAGUUUCAACAGCGUGAAGAAAAUUCUCAGAGGCAGUUGACGGAGUUUCAACAACGUGAAGAAAAUUCUCAGAGACAACUGAGGGAGAUGGGACAACAGUUGACCAAUUGUCGAGGACAAGUUUCUGAACUACAGUUAAGUCUUUCAACAGCUCAGCAAACAAUAAAUCAAUUGCGUAACCAGGGAACACGUGACUGGGUUAUUCCCCGCGACGAAAUUCAAAUCACAGAGAAAUGCCUUGGGAGGGGAGGAUGGGAAAGUGUCAAUGAGGGAAUGUAUUGUGGCUGUACUGUAGCAGUGAAAGAAAUCCAUGAGUUGAUUCUCUCCCCUCAUAACAUACGUCUUUUUGAGAGAGAAAUGAAUAUUGCAUCCAAGUGUCGCCAUCCUCACUUACUACAGUUUAUCGGCGCCACAGUUGACGAGGGAAGUCCUCUGUUUGUGACCGAGUUGAUGGAGAAAAGUUUGCGGACUCUGUUAGAACAGCGGCAACUGUCCGAAACAGAAAUACGCACCAUUUCUUUGGAUGUAGCCCGCGCACUGAACUAUCUUCACCAGAAGAAACCAGAACCCAUCAUUCAUCGGGAUGUCAGUAGUGCCAAUGUGUUGCUAUGGCGACAGGGUGACCAAUGGAGAGCCAAAGUGUCAGAUUAUGGUACUGCUAAUUUUAUACAGCAGACCAUGACAGUGGCUCCUGGAGCUAUGAUUUACAGCGCACCUGAAGCACUUACAUCAAACCAAACAGUCAAGGUUAGUUUAAGUGAAUAUUCAAGACUUUUUACUUACUAAAACUGUACAGCAAGGCUAACAGCGGCAGAAGUGAAAGUGACCCUUGUCCUUUCGCCCAAACUCGCUCUCUUGUCCACUCCACAAACAAUUCAACAUUCUUGAAUUGAAAAAUGACCAUAUCUUUGUCAGGAGUCUUUGCACCUUGUUCUGCACUUUUUUCACUCUUUUAUGUUCUUCUUCAUGGAUUUUGUCCACGUAAUUGGAUUUGUUAAUUUAUCCCUUCUUUUCUCUAAAGACAACAGUUACAGGAUGUCAAAAGUUAGUAUUUUUAGAAACAAAACAUUUAAGCCAAGAACUUACCAUGAAGCCUUUUAAGGAUCUUCUCUUUUCUAGGCUUUUCUUAUCCAUUUAUCUAUAAUCAUCUAUUUCGUUUGAAUUCUCGAGAUUCUCCCGCUGGUGUUACUUUAACUCUUUUUGUAAUCAGUAUACCACUAAUAAGUAACGUAAAUAAAGAAUAUUCUGGCAUAAAGUCAUGUAUUAUGAUUGUUUUUAGGUUGAUGUCUACAGCUUUGGUGCUCUUCUCUGUGAAAUGUGCAUCCGGGAACUGCCAGAUCCUACAAGGCGACAAGAACAAGUCGUGCUUGUAACGAACGGUGUGUUUCGCGGCCUGGUACGGCGAUGCCUGCAGAGAGAGCCUGGGACGAGACCAACCAUGCAGGGAAUAAUCGAUGAACUGAAAGAUGCCAAUGUAUCAUCAUAAUAGAACCAACGCUACACAUAGUACGCGCGUUCUGAUUGGUUAAAAACCUAUGGUUUAUUGUGCCGGU